AUGGCGUUCGUGGUGAAGAGCGUGGUGGGCGGGCAGCUGCGGAGCCUGGCGGGCGGCCUGGGCGGCGGCGAGGGCGGCGGGGACGGGGAGAAGGCGGCGGACGGGGCGCAGGGCCUGAGCCGCGAGGAGUACGAGGAGCUGCAGAAGCAACUGGUGGAGGAGAAGAUGGAGCGGGACGCGCAGUUCACGCAGAGGAAGGCCGAGCGGGCCACGCUGCGGAGCCACUUCCGGGACAAGUACCGGCUCCCCAAGAACGAGACCGACGAGAGCCAGAUCCAGCUGGCGGGGGGGGACGUGGAGCUGCCGCGGGAGCUGGCGCGGAUGAUCGAGGAGGACACGGAGGAGGAGGACAGGGCGUCGGUGCUCGGGCAGCUGGCCAGCCUCCCGGGCCUGGACCUGGGCGCCCUCAAGGACAAGGCCCAGAGCACGCUGGGAGACCUGAAGCAGUCGGCUGACAAAUGCCUGGUCAUGUGACCGCCCCCCCACCCCC